UCUGCCUGCAUGGGAUCGGACAGGGUUAAGGCCAUCACCUGCAGUCGAAGUGCGACCCAGAUGGGAAGUAGGAAGUGCGGCGCCGAGCUUCCUGUAUAAAUAAACGCUCUGGCUGCUGCGCCCCAAGCUGCUGGCUGGUUCUGCAAGGUUCCUGCCUGUCAAGACAAGGAGGCGGAGAGGGACUCCUCCUCUUCCCGAGCUGUAGGUCUGGGCGUGGAGUCCUGUGGCAAUCCUGCAAAAGUGUAAAGCUGUCAGCCAGGCGGAGCACGCAGGGAGAGGGAAGAAAAUGAGAGAGCCCCUUCUUCUCGGUGUGUCGGUUGCCCCGGCUGGCCCCGGCUGGACCUGCUAGAGAGAAUCCAGCAGCUCGAAGACCUCAGCAGCCUCAGCCAGGGAUAGAGGAAGUGAAGACAGACUGAUGGACUCCAUCGACGGGCUCCACUAUCUGACCAUGACUGCUGAAAAUCCAACUUCCGGAGACCUGACUCCUGUCCCCAUUGUUACUUGCAAGCUCUGCCUGUGCGAGCAACCUUUGGAUAAGGUGACCAUGCUCCAAGAAUGCCAGUGCAUCUUCUGUACAUCUUGCCUGCGACAGUAUAUGAUGCUUUCAAUCCGAGAAGGGUGUGGGUCUCCCAUCACUUGUCCUGACAUGGUGUGCAUAAACCACGGGACCCUGCAGGAAGCGGAGAUUGCCUGUCUGGUGCCCGUGGCUGAGUAUCAACUUUAUCAGCGGUUAAAGUUUGAACGAGAGGUUCACAUGGAUCCUCUCCGAACAUGGUGUCCUGUUGCAGACUGCCAGACAGUGUGCCAUGUUGCAGCAGGCGACCCGGGAAAGCCUGUGAUGGUGGAGUGCCCUUCUUGCCAUCUGAAAUUCUGCUCAUGUUGCAAGGAUGCUUGGCACGGGGAGGCUGCCUGUAGAGAACAGUCUAUCGUGCCAGAGCAUGGGGCCCUCUUUGGGAUGGAGGCCGACGCCCCCAUUAAGCAAUGCCCGGUUUGCCGCAUUUACAUUGAGCGCAAUGAAGGCUGCGCCCAGAUGAUGUGCAAGAAUUGCAAGCACACGUUUUGCUGGUACUGCCUGCAGAGCCUGGACAAUGACAUUUUCCUCCGGCAUUAUGACAAAGGGCCGUGCAGGAAUAAGCUGGGCCACUCCAGAGCAUCGGUAAUGUGGAACCGAACACAGGUGGUAGGGAUCCUUGUGGGAUUAGGCGUUAUUGCCUUGGUGACUUCGCCCUUGCUACUCCUGGCCUCUCCAUGUAUAAUCUGCUGUGUCUGCAAGUCCUGUCGAGGCAAGAAGAAAAAGCAUGAUCCAUCCACAACUUAGUUACCUGCACAGACAUCUGGGUUAUAUGAGACAGCGCAUCGAUAAAGCCCCACUUAGUGACCUUGCCUCCUUCUCCUUGCCAAACUUUGGAAGUGCCUCUGUGUCCAGACCCUGAACUUGCCUGAUAGCAUUCGGUGUUAGAAAAGGCCAAAUCCUGGGUGCCAGUGUUCCGGUGUAUCGAGAUGCAGCCCCACAGUCUGGACUGUGUCUGUGGAGCAGGCCGGGAGCUUCGCCAUUGCCUGGGAAACUUAACACAUCACCGUCUUGCCAUCCAAAGGAUCCCACCAGGCUGCUCAGCUUCCAUCCAAACUUAAAGAGCCUGGGUGAAUAUUCAGUGUACUAAUAGCAUUGCUGUGCUUGGCAGCAUUGCAAGCCGAGCAAAAGUCUGUGUUGAUUCCACUGCCACGAGUCACAUGCCAGAAACCAAGAGUCAGAGGGGAAGGACAAGACUAGCAUAGUCAGAAGUUCUAUGAGCAGUAGAGCUGGCUGCUUAUCUCAGGAGUCGAUGCACUGGCUGGCGUGUCUGUGCCAGCUACUGCGAGCACGUCUUCAGUGUUCCCACAGUGACUUGGCAGAAGCGUAAUAGCUGUCUUCCUGUGUAAUUUCAUCUUCAGGCAGGAGAAACUGCUGUUCAGAGGGAAUUGUCCCUUCCCAGGAAAAGGUUGUAACAUGUAAAACAACAUGGCCUAAUUUAGUGUCUGUUGUUUGGCAGAUAUUAUUCUUCUAAAGUAACCAGUGCACCACUCACAGCCUGUAGCUGUGGUCUAUAAAAGUGUUUCAUAUGGGAUGUGGGUAGGCCAUCUUCAAAGCCCUUGUGGAAGAUAGCGGGGUCCUUUCUUGGGCCCUAAGUGUACAUUAGCAGUACACAUUAUAGUUUGUCCAUCCGUCCAUCCAUCCAGAAUCCAUGAGACUUCCCCAGGCAUGCAUGGAGGUGUCCAACAGAUGACACAAAGUAAGAUUAGAUAAAAGACUUUGUCCCUUUCUAUGACUAAAUGAUUUAUCUGUCAGCAUAAAAGGUAAUUGUUUUUUGCUUAGUACAUGUGUGAAUUUUUGUUUUAAGUUUAUAACUCACCCAGGAGGGUAGAUUCAAAAACAAAUCUUUUAAGACAAUGCCUAGUGCAAUUUUAUGCUGUCUGUAAAGUGAUAAUCAGGUUAUUUACAUACUUUCAGAUACAAUUUAGAGCAGCUCUUUGCUUAACCUAAUUUAGUAUCACUCUCCUGGGAGCUGUUCAGACAAUCUGAGCACUUUCUAUGUCCUCAAGAAACUGAUAAAAUGACAACAAGAGAUCAAAUGGAAAUAUUUCAUGUGUCUUCAGUAGUUUGGGUUUGUGUCACCUCAGUGUGACUCACCCUGACCAUUAGACCAUUAGUCAGCAGACAUAUUUUAAAAAGAUGAACAUAUUUUCUCUAGUGACAGGAUUAUACAGUUGCCAUUAGCAAUGCAGCCUGGUGCUUCAUAAGAACAGUAUGUGUUCUGUGUUAAUGGAGACUUCUCCUCAAGGCAGGGAGACUAUUCAGGGCCUAUUCUGUUUUCCACGGUAACUUGGUGACUAGAUUGUUAAACUGCUGCUAUCCUGGAUCUCUUAUCAAAGACUGUUGCCUUGCCUCUGCAGUGGGAUGUACCCUAAGUGGGGAUGUAUAUAUUCAAGGAUCUUUAAUUCAACCACAUAUAUUAAUAGCUGAUGUAUAUGUACAGUACAUUCAUUGGCUGUGUACUUUUUUAUUCACCAGUUUGUAUAAAAUAUAGAACUCUGGAAAACUUUGGAAUGGCAACCAGCUCAAAUCAUUUGAAUCAUUUAUUAGAAAUGUCUCCACAUAAAUUAGCUCUGUUUUGCAUUGAAUGUGUAAGCACUUGAGAAAAAAACAAAAACUCUCUUCUGAAAACAUAUUUCAUAUUAGUCCAAAUAUAAGUGUAUGUCUCUCUGAGUGGUUAACUUGCACAGACAUAGCCAACUGCCUCCCUUGAGGUGAGUGGCCUUUGUUACAGCUCAGGGCAUGACAGGAAUGCAACUGAAUUUGGAUUUUUGUAUCAAGAGUGUCAGCAACGACAACAGUAGCCACCAUUAGCAGAUUCUCUGAGCAUGGCUCUAACUGGGGCAGACUUCACGUAACCGGAACUGCUGCUGUCUCAGAAGUAAGAGCUGGUGGGUUUGGAGUAAAGGUGGAAAAGAAAGUCUGUGCUAUUCCCCUGGGGAAAUUGAGGGAAAUUGCCUUCCAGGGAUUUUUAUAAAAGCAUUAGUUUUGAUUUUAUUUUUGUUUUUGUUUUUGACUGGGAGGGGGUUUGUUUGUCAAACUGAUUUUACCUAACUGGAUUUUUUUUUCAAUGUUGCAAAGUGCCUGAAUAAUAGUGUCUUCUUCCUUAUGUGGCAUGUUCGAACCUACUCGAGAAUUUGGUAGCUAGAACCCAAGUGUGUGUAUCUCUGGCACAUCCCAGGGCACAACGCUAGCUUAACUCGUCUUUGCCUACAAAGACACGAGGUGGCAGCCGUGGUGGGGGAGGCUAGUGUUUUCACUCUGAGUUGUCCUCUGGGGAGUUUGCUUCCUCUGUCCCUCAGCCUCCUCCCCAUCCUUUGGGAAGAUUCUUAUAAAAAGUGUUUGUCUGUGGCAAAAAUUUUCUAGUCCAUUUGAAAUAGGUUUCAAAGCUCACCAGGUUUGCAACUUCCAGAAAUCUCACUGGGUGCAAUGGUCCAUUAUCCAGACCUGGCCACUUCUGGGGUUUCCCCUGCUAGAAUCCACUAGAGAUGACAGGUGGGAUGCCGUGCAGAAGCCAGUGCCACUGUCCUGUUUGUUCAUGCUGUGAGGAUUUGCUCUGGAUUUGAAAUCUGUACUUUGAAAGUGGCCUUUGGAAAGCAAAUAAUUCCGCGUGAAUUUUAUUGUAGUUUGCAUCACAAAAUAGUUCUCUUCAUUCAAGUGGAAAAUCCCCAUUGAUUUUUGGAUGUCCACGACUGUUUCCUGGAAGCCAAGUUUCCUCUUUAAAAUUACUCAGUAACUAAGUUUGUGCUGUUUUAUCCUUCUGUGCCCAGUGCGCCUAAAGGACAUAUCUCUCUGUCCAUGAAUAGAUGCCUUUAUGUAUGUGAAACUGUACACAUGUACAGCUGUGAGAGCCGGUUCCCACAUGCCUUAGAUGAAGGGCAUUGUGUAAAGCUGUCUCAACUGAUAUCUACAGGCUAUCGCAUCUCAUGUUGGUUCAUGAUCCAGUAAGUUUUGUCAUGUGCUUACUUAAAUUGCUGCUGUAUUAUAUAUAUUUUUUCAAUUAUUUGGGAAGAAAAUUGACUGUUUUAGUCUCUUUAGCCCCAAUAAAUGUGAGCAGGAAACCAAAAGUGUUAGUCUUUGUCCUGCACAAUGUUUUGUCUUUUUUGCUAAGAACCAACUAAAUUGCUAUGAAAUUCGAGGCUUGCAAUUUACAAAAGCAACCAAAAUGUAUGUCUAGGUAAUGAUUCUUGGUGUUGUGUUUCUUGAAGAAAAAGGGGAAGUCACUCAAUACAGACUCCAUCAUGCUGUGUGGGGAAGUUCACAUCAGCAGUACACAGGGGUUGACACCACCCAGAGAAGCAAUCCACAAUAAUAUAUCUUUAACCAUCCUAACAAACACACCACAAACCAUUGCUUUGUAUCAAAGUAGGGUUGGGUAAAAAUGAGGAUUAGACUGAAAGCCAAGGUCAGUUCUAACCUUCUGAAAACCUCUUAGAAGGUUUCCUUGUUAUGAAUUUAAAGAAAGGAAUUACAUGAGAGUAUUUGCUUAUGGCCAUUUCCAUUUGAUUAGUAUUCAGGGCAGGAUUCCCAUAAGGUUGAAUGCCAGAAGUUGGUUAACAGCUAGGCCUUGUGUCUUUGCAGGGCUGGAGAUUUCCUUUAUUGAACUAGUGUCGCCUAUUUGCUAAUGUUAUAUUCUCCUUUCAGUGUUACCUGACAUUUACAACCAACUGACUAUUUUAAAUUUCACUUUGUAAUAACUCAGUCUGUGGGGGGGGGAGUAAGAUCAUGUAAAACAUUUGGGGUUAUAGCUUUUUAAUUUUCUUAAUCAUCUCCUAGAAUGCCAACAUUAGUGAAUUUUCAAAGUAUGCUUGCUAUUUUCUAAGCUUCAAUUUGCAUUCCCAAAGAAAUAUUGAAUGAACCAUUUCAUAAAGCAGCGAGUUUAAUCAGUGCCCUAGCCAGCAAACUUGUUGCAAUGUAAAUUAUGCAUCUAGUGAAUCUGGAGAAUUAUGAUUAGGUUUUCCUGCAAUUCAAUUAUUUUCACUUGUUAGAUAAUAAAUCUAUUUUAUCUUUAGGCCCUAAAGAGCAUGUCCAGAUCUGGAUUAUGAGAAAGAAAUGCAUUUCUUAUAAUUAUCAUAACUUUAGGGAAUUACAACUUUUUAUAUUUUUAUGUAAGUUAUUUAAAGAAUUUGGGGAAUCUUCACAGGAGAAGAUUCAUAUCCAUUUCUCAGAGAAAACAAUGGGCAAGUAAUGUCCUUGUCAACCCAAGGGUCAGAUAUUGAAUGGCAACCCGAAAAAGAGUGCAAGCCUUCCUCAAAGGAUUAUAGUGCCCUAACAUACCUGAUUUUAUAUAUGUGUGUGUGUACACACUAUCAAUGGAGGUAUAGUUUUAUAUAUUUGUUUAUAGAUAUGUACACACACAUACAUAUAUAUGAAGUUAUCAUAGUUAAAGUUUCUGUGUGUGGUAACAUUCCCAUAGUAAGUGGUACUCAUGAAAUCAAGCCCAUCCCCCAUCCCAUUAUCCCUGAGACUUGCCUGGAGAAGGACAGGUGAUGGAGGGUGAUUUGCUACAGAAAUAACAAGGUCACUUGCUAAUGUCAGAACACAACAUUCACCAAGGUCACAUACUUCAGACACAGAUUACCUGCUUCUUUCUACAAGCACAUUUCCGCAGUUCCCUUUCCAUGCACACAUGUGUAUACAUGCCAGACUCAGAGAGAUAGUUAACACAGAUCCAGAUCCUCUCCUGGAAUCAUUACCAACUUGUGCUUCAGUGAGUGUGUGGCCGGUUAUUACGUGAACCAACUUAACAGUUUCAGAUACUAGAACCGAGCUUCUAAUGAACCUACAGAAUAGUUUUCUGAUGUAUAUGAAAUUGUACUUUGUAUUUCAUUUUCUGCCUUAAUGGUUUUCAAUUUUAACAGUGCUAUAUUGAUUCUCAUUUUUGCCUUUGUUCCCCAAGCUAUCAGCAGUUUAUUACAAUAGGAUCCUGCACAUUGUUUAUCAAUUCUAGUACCUGAAUAUCUACCCACCAACUUACCAACACACACAGCCAUGAAUUGGGAGAAGCAAGAACUAUUCUUCCCCCCUUCUGCGUAUAGCAGCUUGUCAGUCCUGAGCCAGAGUGACAUCACUUUUCAACACUCAUCCUGAGUGGAAGUUGGACUGACUUAAAUUCAAACACAUCCUAUUAUAAAAAAAUCACUAGGGCUGGAGAGAUUGUUCAGUGGUCAAGAACAACACUAAGAGGUCUUCCAGAGGUCCUGAAUUCAAUUCCCAGCAACCACAUAAUGGCUUACAACCAUCUGUAAUGAAAUCUAGUGCCCUCUUCAGACCUGCAGGCAUACAUGCAGAACACUGUAUAUAAUAAAAAUAUAAAGAAAUUUCUUACCAAAAAGCCACAAAUUACAAGUAUCUUAAUAGAACUUGCUACCAAAUGCUGUGAAAACUGCCUUCACAUAGGUUCUCUCUCUCUCUCUCUCUCUCUCUCUCUCUCUCUCUCUCUCUUUCUCUCUCUCUAUCUAUCUAUCUAUCUAUCUAUCUAUCUAUCUAUCUCUCUAUCUCUUCAUACCUGGUGAGCCAACUGAUGGUUUUGGGCAUGAUGGUGGCUCUCUUGGCAUGGAUGGGACACAGAUGAAUAUCGUCAAACAAACUCACCAGAUACUACUCUCCUCUAGCCUUCCAAAGCACAGCAGUAGCUGCACUCUGCCUGCCUGGAAAUCUCUCACUAGUUCUGGAAAGGCAGCUUUGGGAUCAGCUAGUUGUUUUUCUGAUUAUUCUCUCAAUGGUCAUGGUCAUAGGCCUGUUUUGGUGACAUUCUUUGGCCCAUUUGUAGAGGGCACACUUCUCCUGUCCAACUUUCCCAUCAGUGACCUUAGGAGCAGUUUGAUUAUAUUUCCUUUCACCCAAAGAAACAAAGACAAUACUUUCCCAAGUACCAUGAAGCCACUCUGUGCCCCUUUUGGUUUCUUUGUAUGCUAAUUAAUGUCAGACCAGGCACUUGAUGAAGAAACUAAGUCUGUCUUCCAGCUCUGUAUUGGCCUGCCAUGAUAUAUCUCCUUUUGUGAUGGGAGUACCUGGGUGGCUGACAUGAAUACUACUGAACACAUUCAAAUAGACACUAGCUUUCCUUGAGGUGAGUUAUAAAAUUGAUCAUUGAUUAGCAUGGACUUACAUUUUGAACCCAAGUCAAUUUGUUCAAGAGCAAACGAAUUUUUAAAGUUCACCCAGACCCCUAAUCGGCUUCAGACUGGUUUGUUCCAAGUUCCAGCUUGGCGCUGGGACUUUGACAUACCAGGGGCACGUGAAUGAGCACUGGAAGAGGGCUGGAAAAUAUGGUGUCACAAUCUAUUUGCCUUUCCUGCCCUUUGCCAAUCCAGGAGAUGUUGGAUUGGGACUAAUAGCUCUGUUUGCAGAGAAGGUUUCAGUUCCAGCCUAGUUCUACUCUUGACUGCUGGUGUGGGCUGGAGACAACUGUCCAUUAGAUGUGUCAUUUGGUUAGGUCAGGAGGACUGGGUGGAAUCCUCAAUGCCAGCGCUCUUCUAAGUGGUGUUUGUGAGGGAGGCAAGAGGAGUAGAGCCACAAUGGCGUGUGUACAUGUCACUGUUUGGCGGCGGGUGAACGCUGAGCCAGUGUUGUGUAACGGUGUCCUCUGAGAUCGAAACAUUCCAUCCUGCAAGGGAAGCUGCUUAAGCAGGCAAUCAGAGAUCCCUGUGUCAUAGCUUCACAUGCCUGCUGUCAGAGAUAGACCAGUGAAUGGUAAUGGGGACCAGGUCUUGUCCUAGAAAGCCCUGCGAUGGGUCUCUUUUUACCUUCCCAUUGGUUGGAAUCACAUCACAUGUCCAGUCUUUGCUGCAAGAAGUCUGGGAAAGUACAACCCUAGAAUAUCCAGGCUGUCACGGCUGACAGGUGUUUCUGUAAGAUGCAAGGGGUUUGGGAGAGCUAGCUGGGAGAAUUGGCUGCAGUGGCCAGUUUUGUUUUUAGGUGGAGCUAGAAAUCUGCCUCCUCUGAUAUCUACCUUUGGUGGUGGUUAAGCUCUGUAAGGCGUCCUUGAAGAAGACUGGGGUAUAGCUCAGUGCAGGCUGCUGUCCAGUGUAUAUCUCAUCUCCACACUAACCAACAAGUAAACCAUCCAACCCAGAAAGGCUACACACAUGACCACAGGAUAACAUCUCAGCCACUAUGGAACCUCUCUGCGAUGGUGGUGCCAGAAAGGGUUAUGCAGACUGCUGAUGGGGAACUGUCACCAGCAUCCCUGCUUGACUAUGGAGCCUGCAUUCUGAAACAGCAGCAUGCUAGACAACAUGUGCCUGCUGUGCAAGAGCUGGCUCGGCCAUCUUGGGUAAGACCAAAAGCCUUCAGACUGGGUUUAAGGCCUGCUCCACAAGAGGGAAUUCAUCUCUAGGACUGUAAGCCAGGACAAAAGCUCAUGGCUGGGGAGGUCACAGGUUGCGGUGGGAAGUAACUUCUAUGGUUUUUACUAUGUGGGUGUGAUGAGCCUGUCAAACUGCCCUCUAAACGUUUAUUUUUACACUCAUAGGCCAUAGAUCACAGCUGUCAACCUCAACUCAGAGUGACUGGUGAAUCUCCUGAACAAGCAACUGUUUCUUAGAGGUAGAUGAACAUCUAUACAGUUACUCCCCCUCCAAGGCUUGGUGAUCUCUGUGGAGGAAGGGGCAGAAAGAAUGUGAGCGAUGAAGGAAGGGGUAGAGAGAUUUGUAACAGUUUUCUCCAAGAUUGAAGAAUUCCAAUGUAUAGAGAAGUUCCUCGAGCAGGAAGGUAAACAACUCAAGGUAGCUCCAGGAAGUCCCUGAAACUGACCAGAAUCACUAGGCCCCUCCUUGCAAGAAGUAGGCAAUCAAACCAGAGAGUCCGUCUGACACUAGCGGAACAGAGCUGCUAAGCCUAGACCAGCUUCCUGGAAGAAGGAAAAACCAGCUGAGCUGCCUGGAAGAGGGUUAAACCAAUGGAGGCACCUGGGAAGGACACUCUCCAACCUGCGGAGUGGCCUGCAGGCUGUACAAUGUUCCUAGCUCUAAAAGCUGUCACCCAUGCUGGGGUGGGCUUUGGUGAUGCAACUGUCUUUGAGUCAUUUCUGUUUCUGUAAGUAAACCCAAUAAAAUUCACUGGCUCACCAA